AUGGUGCCGGCAGCCACCGAAGAGGCUUCUGGACGCCACUUUCCGUGUACUGCCGCGGAUGACGCCAUCGCUCACUCGGUGCCGCUUCCUCUGCUGGUCGAACAACAGCGCCACCGCAUUCGUGCUCUGGUGCAGGAGCGCGACGCCGCCGCUGCGGAGCUCAGUGAGCUGCACACCUUGUUUCAGCGCCUGCAUGACGACUACGAGGAGACAACGCGCGAGGCGGAUGGAUUGCGGCUGCAGCUGAGCAGCCUCCGCGCGCAGAAGGAUAUGCAAAGCGAUGAGCACCGGCUAUUGCGGUCAAGUCACGCGCGCCAACAGGAGCGCAUUGAGCAGUUCGAGGUGGAGUGGGCUAACAACUCCAAGCAUCUCCGCGAGCAGCUCGACGCACUCGUCAGUGAGAGAGACGCCAUGCAGGCCCAGCGUGACGCCUCCAUGGCCGACAGCAACGACUUGCGCCGGCAGCUAAUUCAACUGCAAGCCGAGGUGCACCGCGCGGAGUCGAAGCAUCGAGAGGCGCUGCGAGAACAGGCCGACACACACGCGCAGCAGCUUCGCUCUGCCCUGCAAGAAAAGGAGGAGCAACUCCAGGCGAAGGCGGCCGCAACACGGCGGGAGGCACGGCUGGUUCAGCAGGAGCUGGACCAACUCGGCGCCGGUCACACCGCCGCGCACGAGGAGCGCGAGUCCAUGCGGUGGCGCCUCUCGGAGCUCGAGACGGUGGUGACCAAGAAGGAGCAGCUCCGCGUAGAGCUGGAAAGAAUGGUAACUAUGCUCCGCUCGCGGCUGGAUGAUCAAGAGGAGGCGGCGCGCCAAGAUGUGCAGCGCUACGCGCAGCGUGCCCAGGACUUGGAGCUGCUAUACCGCGGCCAGGUCGCGCAGGAGCAGCGCCGUGCUCAGGCUCUCCAAGACGAUCUGGCCGCCGCCCGCAAGGCGACGCAAGAGGCCAUGCGACAGCAGGAGGCCCUUCAGCAGUCCCACAGCGAGCAGGCUAAAGACUUUGCAACGCGCGCUGCAAAACUCGAGGACGACCUCCGCCAACAGCUCCGCGCCCUCCGGAGGGAGCUGGAGGAGGCACAGGCGCGUGCGCUUGAGCACGAAGCUGCCGCUCGCCGCAGCCAGCGCGAUGCAGAUACGCUGCGGGCUACGUGCGCUAGUGAGCAAGAGGCGCGUGAGCGGCUGCAGCAGGCUCAGACGGCGCAAGCCCAGCAGCUGUCGCGCGCGGAGGGGAGCGUGACGGUUCUGCAGACGCGCCUGCGCGAAAAGGAGAGGGAGGCGGAGCUACUGCGGUGCGCCAUGGAACAAGCCACAUGGACGCGGGAGAUGCGGCAGGCAGCGCACCACACGUUGGCGUCCCUUCUUGGGGUGCCGCGGGUGUCCGUGCGAGGUGGCCGACGUCGGGUGAAGGAGGGAGAGGAGGCGGAGGGCUGGUCUCCGGCGCUGCAGCUCGAGUGGGCGGCGGAGGCGCAGGGCACUGCCAACUCCCCGUCGCCUCGCGAAGCGCAGCAACGGAGCGAUUCCGCACCCACUGGCGCUGGGGACACCGCUUAUGCUGUACCGGAGGGCGGCGAGUCGAUCCCGUCCUCCAGCGAGGUGGAGGGGGUUGUGCCCUCACCCUUCAGGGGUGCCGCCCGGGGAAUGCGUGCGCAGCGUGACCCAGCAAUCGCUUCCGGCAGUCCUCAGCGCCCAUCAGCUACGCCAACGAAGGCAGCAGCUGGGCAGCACGUGGAGGCCAUCGAACGCACUGUUCCACGAGAUACAGGUCCAUCUGAUGGUGAGGGGCACGCGGGAUCAUCUACUGAAGCCAGCCAUCUACUUCAGCCACCGCUCUUGUUCCGCGCCGCGUCUCCACUGACCGCGGCUCCGCCACUACAUCCUGGAACGCCGCGGGCCGCUGGUAGUAGCUCUCCCUGGCCGGGUCAGGGGUCGGCUGGCUACGCUGCUGCAGCAAGCUCUACCACAGCCGCGCUCCGUAGCGGUGGUGCCGGCGCGUCGCCAUUUCCAUCGCUUCUGCGAGCGCUCUCCUUUGUCCCAGCCCAAGCCACCGCAGGAGGGGCGAACCCUCUGCGCACCGCCACCAGCGUGGCAAGAUCACAACCGCCUUCCACGCCUCUUCUCUCCUGCCAGCAAGUGGGCCACAUCUACAACAUCCCUGAAGAGGAAGAGCAGCAGCACCAUCCGCAGGCGGCGGUGACCGGAGGUCAUGCCAGUGGAGCCGCAUACGCUGCAGAGCCCGCACGUGGAUAUUCACGCACACGAAGGCCGCAGUCGGCGACGCCCCUGUCAAGGCAGGCAGGCGAGGUUUUCUUUGAUGAUGUCGUGGGCCCAUCGCGUGCGCAAAGGUUUCCAGCGAGGGUGUUGAUCAGGGGCACAGAUGCCGGCGCUGCCGUACCUGGAAGCCAUCAGCGGCAGGAAACAUCAGCACAGCUGGUGACUGCAUCCACGGCACAAGUCGGCACCUUCAACACGCACCUCACCCCCUCUACUUACCGCGGAAGCCUAGCCUCGAGCGAUGGGGUGAGAGGGGCUGGUGGUGCGCGCGAUGCGCAGCCGUCUUUCUCACUCGGGGACAGCCCCUCCUAUGACCACGGCGCAUCUGUACCAGGCGUCUGCGCGGCGGAGCUCAUCGCGCCGCUGUUACACCCCUCGUCGGCGGCCUCCAACAACGCACCUGCGAUGCAGCGCGGGGUGUCGAACACCAACCGCCACCGCAACGUGCUUCACGGCGGAGAUUCGGCGCUUCAGCAGUACCUUCGCGACACCGUGCAGCAAGUACUCGCUCAUCACGGUCGCGGCGGGGCACCCCAGCGUGGGUCGCACCGUGCAUUACGGGAGCGGCCAGACGGCGGCUCCGCAAUUCCUGCAGCUUGUGGGUACCACGGAGAUGGCGUCAACAGUGCAGGAGAAGGGGAUGAGGACGAUUUCGGCUCUGCGUCUCUCCUCCGCUCGUCCAUCGCAGUACCGUUUGUGCGACUGGCGCCACAGCCAGCGUAUACAGGUGGCUUCACGAACAGCGGCGGGGCGACUCACAUGAUUGGUCCCGGCGGCAGCAGCCAAGGCGACGCAGGCCAGCACGACUCUGAGAGAGAGCACAGCGACGCUGGCGGCGCUGCCGCUGUGACUUGGAACGGUAGUUCGACAGCCGCAACUCCGCACAAGACGGCUGCAGCAGUAUCAGCAGCAGGAGAAACCGUUCAGACCCGUCGCCGAGAGGGCGGCAUCUUUCAGACUCUUGAACAGCUUGCCGGCCGACAGCAGCAGCUCCUGCAAUCGCUGAGCCACCCGCCGCACGCAGUGAUGUCCCCAACGGCGCACAGCGCCGAUGUCCCAUCCUCGCUACCAUGGCAAACGACAGCGGCAGACCCCUCCUUCAGCGAGGCCUUGCGGAGCAGCGCCAGCAUCAUCGUGCCCACGUCUCUCUCCCUGCAGCAGCAGGGCCAGCGCGAACCCGAUGAUAGUCAGGGUGUAGCACGGUCGUCUGUGGGCGUGGUCGCGGCUGGCGAAGCACCCGCUGAUGCCGCCAGAUCUGCGUUGACGGUCAGCGCAUCUUUGUCCAAUACCAAUUCCGCGGGAUUUGGGAAAAACACUGUUGCACAGAGCCAUCCGGCAGCCUCGGCGCGCUAUGCGAAGGGCAGCGAUGCCGGCACCGAUGUCGAGCUAGACCCUCGGCAGCUCUCUUACUCUACCACGGUUGCCACGACUCAGCUCACAGAUGUAAAACAGAGAGACCGAUCAGCGGUAAAGCAAGACAUGGUCGACCCGACGGCGGCGGCGGCCGCGGUUGUUCAGGGACCACAGCCGAGAGCGGAGAGGCAAGCUGCCUGGUCAUCAGAGCCCGCACUCGCAGUGCGGGCGGUGGCGACGACCACGGCAAGCGCAAGGUCUGCGCCAUCUGUGUCGGAGAUUUCGUCGCUGUCGCAACUCGAGCGGCGAUUUGCAACGCCAUUCUGA